GAUUGUUGUGUUGAUGACUGAGCUCCUGGACUGUACUGUAAAUGAAAUUGUGUUCUCAGUCCGGUUACCUUCUAGGAAAUUAAUGAAUAACUUAAGUAGACCUGGGAUAAUAAUUCUCAGCUCUGAUUUUGUGGAGGUAAAAGAAGGAAAGGCUUGGGAAGACUGCAAAGGCUUACCAGAUGUGAAUGAAGAGCCGGAGGGAGGAGAAAAAAGGAGCAAGAGGGGGAUGGUAGAAUGGGUGACCGAGGGAAACUGAUUAGGCUAGAUGGAAAGGGAUAAAGGAGGCGGGGUUGAAGUUUGUCACAUGAUCCCGAGUGUAGCCAGUACCAGGGGGCAGAGUAGCAGAGAGGCAGGCAAGGCUUUCUAGCACUAGACCGCAACUCUUCAGUACCCCCUCUCUCCUCCCUCCAGGCUGUCCUCCAUCUACCCUCUUCCCCUCCUCUCUCCCGGCCCCUGGGCCAGGGAAUGUGCCGGCUGGGAGAUGCCUUACGUGGAUCGGCAGAACCGGAUCUGUGGCUUCCUGGACAUCGAGGAAAACGAGAGCAGUGGGAAGUUCCUGCGUCGCUACUUCAUCCUGGACACCCAACCGGGCAGCCUGGUGUGGUACAUGGACAACCCUCAGAACCUGCCCAUCAGUGCGGACUGUGUUGGCUCACUCAAACUCACCUACAUCUCCAAGGUCAGCGACGCCACUAAGCAGAGACCCAAGGCAGAGUAUUGCUUCGUCAUCAACGCUGGCAUGAGGAAAUUCUUCCUCCAGGCCAAUGAUCAGCAGGACCUGGUAGACUGGGUGAACGCUCUCAAUAAGGCCACCAAAAUCACUGUGCCAAAGUCCUAUGAUGGCCAACAGAAUGUGGAGACCCAGAACGCCCUUCUGGACAACCUGGGACCCAAGAAGCAGGUCUCCUACAGGACUGACAUCAUCGGGGGAGUUCCCAUCAUCACUCAGAUGCAGGAAAGGGGAGAGGGCCAUGAGGGUUCCGAGCGAGAGUUGCUGCAGAGAUCCCACAACCAGCUGCCAUACUUCCUGGGCAGGCCGCCCCAAGACAAGACGGUCAUCAAGUCUGGCUAUUGUGUGAAGCAGGGAGCUGUGAUGAGGAAUUGGAAAAGGAGAUAUUUCUUACUGGAGGAGAACUCAAUGAGUUACUUCAAAUCAGACCUGGAGAAGGACCCUCUGAGAAUUAUUCCAUUGAAGGAGGUCCACAAAGUUCAGGAGUGCAAACAGAGUGACAUCAUGAUGAGGGAUAAUCUCUUUGAGGUUGUCACCACUUCUAGGACCUUUUACAUUCAGGCUGACAGUCCACAGGAGAUGCACAGCUGGAUCAAGGCUGUCUCUGGGGCCAUUGUAGCCCUGCGGGGACCUGGGAGAUCUGCAGCCACAAUGCGGCAAGCCAGACGGCUGUCGAACCCCUGUAUACAGAGGUAUACAGCCCGAAUCGGGGAGUGCAGCACUCUCCUGCAGCUGUAUACCUGUCUUAGACGUCUCACAUCCUGCCUGUCACUAGUUCUACUUCCUGUCCGCAGGAGCACUGUGGCUGUUCCUCCUCUUCCACAUUCUACAGCAGCCACCCGGGGCCCCCCGUCCCUCGCUCGCCCAUAUCUGCAGUGCCACCCUACCCAGAGUGCCCUGCUGUCGCGGGCGGCGCACGCCCGGAGCCUGGCGUGGGACAGCGAGCAUUUCAUGAGCCUCCUGCCACGACCCAGCCACGCCCGACUGUCACUGCAGGAGACACGCCUGUCCAAGUGACUGCUGCCACCGCCCUCGAGUCGCCAUGGAGACGGUGCAGAACCUUUGAGGGCUACACACCAGAACCCCCCCCUUGACUUGGACCCUACCGACCUGCCAGUCAGUGAAGUCUGACCCCUACCAACAAAGUAGGAGAUGAUGUGAGACAACAGUGAUAAUGGAGGAAAUGAGAGGAGUGCUUUUGAAUAACUGAGAGAAGCAGAACCAGGGGGUUGCUGGUCUCCUCCACCAAACUGACCAGAAGUCAUCUGGAUAGAAAUGGCAGAAAGCAGGAUCUGGACUCCAUGCCAAAGUGAAUGACUGUAUAAUAUGUCUGACCUCCAUCCAUCUCGUUACCUAACCCAACUAGUCAACCCUGGCCAGAUAUUAGAGUUGAAAGUCACUCAGGGACAAAGGGGUUGCGUUCUCUCCUGGUGUUUCAUUGUUAGUCAUCUGCUCAGUUGAAGUUGAGGCCUGUGUACACAUGCAUAAAGUCAUGCAAUCGGGUGUGUGUGUGUGUGUGUGUGUGUGUGUGUGUGUGUGUGUGUGUGUGUGUGUGUGUGUGUGUGUGUGUGGGUGGGGUGGGAUUCACACUGAGCUCUAUGCCAAAGAUACGCCAUCUUCUCCCACCUCAGAUCAAACGUUAAUGUUCGCCUACACAUUUAGAUUUAAAAUGCAAUGAAGAGUUUUACCUGCAACUCCUGACUACACACAAAGAUUAAUUCAACAAUUUGUGUGCUAGUGAGUGUAUAUUUUAAGGGAGCAAGCUAUAUUGUCUGAGGGAAUAGUUGUCAAGCUACAGAAAUAAUCAUGCCUGGUCAUUUCAUACAUUCACUGUUGUUCUUAUUGAACGUUGUCUUUAUUUUUUUACUUUACUGUAUGGUGUAUGACCCAAAUUAUUCUAACAGACAUUUUCGUCAUCUGAUUUUACAAUCCCACUCAAGAUCCACACCAUAGUAUUACAGUUAGAAAGUUGUUGGCACACACUGUGGACUGGUACGAGAGGAAUGUGCAGCUCCAAAGCAAGCCAUGUGGGUCAUUCCACCAAUUCGGUGCCUUUUUGAGAAGUAUAAAGUGGUAAAAAAAUAAUUUAGAAAAUCACCUUAAUUAGCAUUCUGUCAUAAAGAGCACAUUUUCAACUUUAGCAAGUCUUUAUUCAGAUGCAAAAAAAUCAGAUUUAUUGAAUUCUUUGUGUUGUCUAUAUUAAAGGCUACUUCAUUUAAUAUAACAGACUUAAAUGUGUUGUUGGUGCACAAUUUUUACUUAACAUAUUAAAGGGAAGCAAAACGCACUCAUUUCGUGCGACGAUCCACGGAUGUUUGCCUAAUCCUGCAGGGUACUGUUUUGGGGUUAUCUUCGGACUUGUACCAAUAGGAGCUUAGUGGGGGAGUGAGUUGAGCGACAGAGUGAGGUGGCUUCAGUACGGGACCAAAGUCAACAGCAGUCACUACUAGGGAAGGGAUGGCCAGAGUGUCUUGCAGAGAUGAUGGCUUCAACCAUUUUAAUGACUGCUGCCCUAUUUGUUGAGUUAUGACAAUGACAGCUGCUGUUUUGUGCGUGUUAUAACAUUGGUUUUCUUCAACAGUUUGUAUGGGAUGGUUUUAUUUUAUGUUGUAAAAUGAUGUGGUAAGAUGUAUAUUUCCGUUUGAACCUCCCUGUGCCUGUAUUGCCAGGUAGUGGAGGUUAACCCAACAAUACUACUCAAAGGUCUUAUUUCAAUAGCUCUCAGUAGUGGUUUUGCCAAACCAUAUAGCUGCUAAAGUGCCAUAAAUUCUAUAAAAAUAAAAUGUUAUUUUAAUCCUU